AUGAAGACAGGAGACGUUCCUAUAAGGUCCAGCUUCCGGUACUUUAACAGGAGGUUCAGAGAUCUGGAUGCUUUUAAACACCAUCUGACAGAGGAGAUUCAACGCCUUGAUAUCUAUGACGAAUCGCAAGCGGCCGAUAUAAACAAUAUCAGUAAGCGGCAUACAAAUAACAAAAGAGAACGAGAGAGCACUACCCCCCGACUCAAUGAAGCAUAUCAUGAUCUUGAAAAACGCAUAGAAAACCUCAAUUAUGUUAUACGGCGAGAGGAAAAAUGGGCGGCGGUACAGGAAUCCAUCACCGCCGCCACCGCCAGAGAAACAGCCGUCAUUGAUGCCGAUAAGGGCAAUGCUGCAUCAUUUUCUCAAACUUUGGCCCACGCAGACAAGAUAAUCAGACAUCUCCAGGAGCGCAAGGCCGAAUUACAAGCUGAGCUCUCUGCAAUCGAGCCAAAUAUCAUAGCGCUCUCUAAUAACUCGGAUUAUCUUUCUGCCGAAGGUUAG